AUGAUGUUAUCGAAGGUGGCAAGUGUGCGGAAUCGACCCUUCACUAAACCGCUCUACAAGUCCGUGGUGAAGGUUCGUUAUAACAAGCUUUGGUAUACCUCCGUGGAGAACGUUGUUGCUGCCAUUGAGGCCCAAUUCAACCAGUCCAACUCGCCCUAUCAGCCCUGUCUGGUGGAGCUAAAACCUGUCCAAAGGGCACCCAAGAUAAUUCCUUCGCAUGACUCGAUCUACAUGGCCGUCAGUUUUAAUCGCAGACCACCUUCGCCGCAUGCAGUCGUAGAGAUACACGGCGAAUUGUCGCUUUGUAAGUGCUGCAUCUCUGACUUGCCAUUUAACUUCCGAGUUUCAGGCUUUUCGAGAAUUUAG